AUGUUUUACGUCGUUGUUCAGAUCUACAUGUCUGCCAUCGGCGUGCGCGUGAACCUCUACGGUACCCUGGUGGGCGUCGAUAUUGUUCUCUACAACAUCGCAUUCGCCAUCGGUGUCAAGCUGCUCGUCAACUUCGACUGCACCCAUCGAUUUAGCCUUCAAGAUGUCCAAUAUGCUAGUAAGCAUAUGUUCAUUUUCGUCAUCAACCGGACUCUCCGCGGCAACAUCGUGGGCAGCGAGCCGCGCCGAGGCCCCCUCGUUGGGCGUGUACUUGCUCCUCUACGACUUCCUGGCAGAUUGAGUUUCGUUAUCCGCGAACUCGGUUUCUACUUCUUCGUUACGAGGCUCGGCGACAUCUUCCUGGUCUUCGCCACGAGCGGCUCAUUCCUUAAAUCUUCGUCUUCGACUUGA